AGACAGGGCCGCGAGGCCGUAACUCCGUUGCAAUGGCCAUGGUCAUGGCAACCGUGUCGCCAGCGGUGGGCUCGGUGCCACCAAGGGCCUGCAGAGCGUCAAGGGCAUCUGUCUUGCGGGCGCCUGCAGCCGUGUCAUCAAGACACGCUCAGAAAGGUACGGUACCAGGAAGUUGCUUUGCCACUGCCACUGCAAUUUUGCUGGCGGCUUCAGCCAGGUCGGAGGUCCGGCGUGCCAGAUAUGCGUCGCGUUCGUCGCAUGUCCGAAGAGCAGCUGACCGGCCAGUCGUCCUUGAAGUGCAAGACGUCGAAGCUCAGAGUACUGAUGAAGAUCACAAGCAGAUCUUGAAAGGUUUGAACCUGACCAUCCGUGAGGGCGAGGUUCAUGCUGUGAUGGGGCCGAAUGGCUCCGGAAAGAGCACUCUUGCCAAAGUCCUCAUUGGCGACUCGGCCUACGAGGUCACUGCGGGCACCGCCAAGCUGGGAGAGACGGACCUUCUGGACAAGGAACCACAUGAACGGGCCCUGGAGGGUUUGUUUCUCGCUUUCCAGUCUCCUCCGACAGUGGGCGGAGUGAGCAAUCUGGACUUUCUCAGAGCGGCGUACAAUGCGCAGCGGCGUGCUAGGGAGGAGCCGGAGCUCGAUGUCAUCGAGUUCUAUGGCUUUGUCACCGAAAAGCUGACGGAGCUCAAGAUUAACCCGGACUUUUUGAACCGGAAUGUGAAUGAAGGCUUUAGCGGUGGCGAGCGCAAGAGGAAUGAGAUGCUGCAAAUGGCGGUGUUGCAGCCAAAGCUGGCAAUUCUGGACGAGAUCGACUCGGGACUGGAUAUCGAUGCGCUCAAGGACGUGGCGGAGGCCAUCCGAAACGUUCGGGAACAAGAUCCCAAGAGGUCCAUGCUGGUGGUGACUCACUUUGAGCGGUUUUUGCGAUACGUGGAAGCUGACCACGUGCACGUCAUGUACCAGGGCCGCAUCCUGAAGAGUGGUGGCAAGGAGCUCGCUGACAAGCUCGAUGAGGAAGGCUACGAUUGGGUGCUGAACCCUGCCAAGUGAGCUGACUGCUUUCCAAGUUAGACACUUUCCGAUAGAGCAACGGGCCAUCAGUAUCUCAAGG